GAUUCGGCGAUUCCCAGGUGAGGAUUAUAGGAGGGAGAUAAAGAGAGAGAGAGAGAGAAACAGAGAGAUGGAGGCAUGGGUGGCCGACGAGGAUUUCGCAGUGUAUAGUUGCGUGGGAGCGGCAGCGCCGGUGGAGGAGUUACUUGAGCGGUUGUGUUCUGUGGAUGCGGAGUGCAGGAUAGAGGCGGCGAGGGAGAUCCGAUGGUUGACGAAGACGUCGUCGAAGAACCGGCGGCAGCUCGCCGGAGCCGUUGGUCAGCUCGUCUCCAUGCUCCAGUCUGAAAGUCAGGAGGGAGCCCAGGCAGCUAUACUCGCGCUUCUCAAUCUUGCUGUUAAGGAUGAAAGGAACAAGGUCAAAAUUGUGCAAGCUGGGGCACUUUACUCACUCUGUGAUUUUAUGAAAUCAUCAGACUCAACUCUGCAAGAAUAUGCCACUACUUCUCUCCUCACCCUGUCUGCCUCUUCAUUGAACAAAACUACCAUCUGUGCAGCAGGUGCAAUCCCUCUCCUCAUCAUGGUCCUUACAGAUGGAACCCCGCAGGCUAAGAUUGAUGCCGCCGCCGCUCUGUUCAAUCUGUCCACAGUUAAAGAGAACCUGAACUCCAUCCUCUCAUCCCAUCCUAUUCCAGCCAUCAUAAGCCUUCUCAAAACCAUAAAGAAAUCCUCCAAAACAGCUGAGAAGUGCUGUGCUCUCCUUGAAUUCUUGUUAAGUUUUGAUGAGUUUAGCACCGCCGCCGCCUUGACAUCUGUGGAAGGAGGAGUGCUUACAGUAGUUGAAGUACUUGAGGAGGGUUCUGUUGUAAGCAAAGAACAUGCUGUGGGCACUCUUUUAACGAUGUGCAAGAGCGACCGUAAAAGAUACAGGGAGGUCAUUCUCAAUGAAGGUGUGAUUCCUGGUCUUCUUGAGCUUACAGUUCAGGGAACUCCCACUGCUCAGGCGAAAGCCCGCGAGCUUCUGAAGCUACUGAGGGAGUCUCCUUACCCAAGGCGGGAGCUUCAGGCAGAUACACUUGACAACAUAGUAUACAACAUAGUUUCUAGAAUAGAUGGCGAUGAUAAAAUGGGGGUGACAAUGGCGAAGAAGAUGCUGGCUGAAAUGGUACAGGUCAGCAUGGAGCAGAGCCUCAGGCAUUUGCAACAGAGGGCUUUUGUUUAUACUCCAGCAGAUCUUCCAUUAGGUAGCUGUAAUUCUCAGGUUAGUUUGAAGUAGGAGAGAAAGAUCCAUCUUGGAUCAUCUCCUCCUUGUGUUUUUCAUGUUGCAGUAAAGAAAGGUGAAAGAUGCCAGUCCAGGCCAUGAAGGUAACUGGUGACUGGUUAGUGUUGAUACUUGUAUGUUUAAAUAUGUGCAGUAAUUCAGCAUGGAUGUGAUACUGUGUUGAAAUCAUAAAUACAGUCCAAAAUGCUUAUAAUAAUGCAGAUUGCAUAUUCUCUGAA